AUGGACGGAUUAGGAGAACCGCUUGAUGUUAAGAUGAUGUUAGAUUUCGAGAUAGUUCUCAUAGGCGUUUUGGCCCUUGCAGUUGCAAUCAUCGUUAUUGUAACACAUGCAUGCCUUGCCGAUGAUGACUACGAGAUUCAUAUCAACCGAUAUCGGAACAGGCCCCGGAGAACAAGAACAAGAACAACAACAGAAACUAGAGCAACCACAACUACAAUAAGCAAUAGUUCUUCAUCUGCACAUCACCAGUUGAUCCCAAUUGUCAAAGAAAGCAAAGAUGGGAUUUGUGCUGUGUGCUUGUGCGAGUUCAAAGAUGGUGAGGCAAUUCGUGUGCUGCCCGAAUGCAUGCACUUGUUUCAUGCCGAGUGCAUCGACAUGUGGUUGAGCUCUCACUCUAAUUGCCCACUUUGUCGCACAGAUAUUGAGCCUCCUCCUCAACAUGUCGUUCUGUCGAUUCCAAGUUUCAGUGAGGGAGGCCUUGGGAGCACUUGA